GCACUCGUUAGCAUGCAAAUAAAAAAAACACGGUAAACGCUCCUCAGGAGUGUUUUUUGAGCGAAAUAAAAAUUAAAUCAUAAAGGAAAGAAAUAUAAGGAAUAUCUGAGCUCAAUUUUAGGGCUAAAAACCAUCCAUUUCAGCUAGAAUUAAACUUUAAAGCUUCGUAUUUAAAAUAUUAGACAUUAUACAUACGGGUAUUUACCAGUGAACAAUCGUAUUCUGACGUCAUUUGCCCCUGCACUUCGAAGAAGAAGGACCUUCGGCUUCUGCGCUUCUCGACCAAAAAUUAAUGAACCACAAGCAUUGAUUUUCUGCCAAGGAACGAGUAUAAAUACCAAUCAAAUACCAUAGUAGUGUCGAGGAACGUGUGAGAGACGUUUGGAAGACAUUUUGAAGAAAAUGACGAAGAAAUGGCGGUAAAAUUGCGAAGACCAAUUCGGCCAGGUCGAAGAAAUUCCAAACCAAGAUGGCGUCGCCUUCUUCUCCAAUCUGAAAAUGCAUUGAAAGUCACUUUAGUUGGGUUGGAUAUCAACAAUAUAGGAUAUUUAUUACACAUGUAAGUUUUCCUACAACGUUUUAAGUAUGGAAAAGUACAAUAUUUUAUUUACAAAAAUUUAUAUUAUUUUAGUAAAAAUUUCUACCUGAUAAUUAGUAAUAAAGAGUUAUAUACUCCAAGACAAAGACAUGUUCAUUAUAUGCAUAUUAUUGUUAAUACGUCAAAACCAAUCAUCUUGACAUCAUCUUAAAAUGUCAACCUCAACAGUCGGAAAAAAAACUAGUAUAAAAACUGACAAAGAACCCCCCCCCCCCCCGUAUAUUCUUCACGUUUUCUCUUGUUCUAUAUUUGUACAAAGUUUAUUAGGCCUAAAAGUAUUGACAAUUAUUAUUAUUUUUUUCUAGAAAGACUGCGAAAGAAAUUACAAAACCAAACCAUGAAGUCAAGAAAAAUAAUUACAUGAACCGUUUCUGGUAUAUAUAAUUAAUAUAAUUGUUAUCUAAAAAUCCAUGUGUAUUUUAGCUUCACAAUUGGUUCAGGCUUUCAAAAAAAUUUUAUUCUAUAUAUAACUGUAAAAUUAAUAUAUUUAUGAAUUUAUGACAAUUAUAUUAUUACUUUUUCUAUAGCAAGAUCGUCAAAGAACCGUAGAAAAUGACACCAAUAUAUGACAGAAAAGAUCAAUGGAAAAUGUCGCUCAGGUUAAUCAGGUAUAUACUUUAUAUAUAUAUAUAUAUAUAUACUUAUUUUCAUCUAUAUAUAUUUUCGGCUUUUCAAUGGUGAUUCCAGCUAUCGACUAAUCUUGUAUCUAGACCAGAAAGACGAAAUCUUUCAUUAUAGCUCAAAAGAGCAUCCUAAAAUUAAUAAAAUUGCAAAGUUUGGUUGCGAAAUGUUGUAAAAUACAAAAAAUAUAGCCCCGUGAAUUGACCAUUUGCGUAAUAGACAAAAUUUUGAUCUAAACAAGUCUGGACAAAAAUUUUAUCACAGCUUGAAAGAGCAUCGCAAAAUUAGUAAUAUUCCAAAGUUUCGUUGCGAAACGUUGUAGUAAAAUGCGGAUAAUAUAGCCUUGCGAAGUUUGCAAUUUUCAGUCAUUUUAGAUUACAAACGGAAAAUUGACAGCCUUAAAGCGUAUCGGGCUGUCAAUUUCCGGUUUGUAAUCUAAAAUGACUGAAAAUUGCAAAUUUCGCAAGGCUAUAUUAUCCGCAUUUUACAACAUUUUGCAACGAAACUUUGGAAUAUUGCUAAUUUUGUGAUGGUCUUUCAAGCUGUGAUGAAAUUUUUGUCUAGAUCAAAAAUUUAGUCUAUUACGCAAAUGGUCAAUUGGAAAAUUAGCAAAUUUUGAGUAUAUUAGUAGUGCGCAUGGGAAAAUGCACCACUUUCGCCUCAAAGACAAAAGUGGUCAAAAUUUGCUAAUUUCUCUGGGGCCAUAUUUUGCAACAUUUUACAACCCAAUUCGGCAAUUUCACUAAUUUAAGGAUGUUCUUUUAAGAUAUCAUGAUGGAUUUCGUCCUUUCAGUCUGGAUCAAAAGUUAGUCUAUAUAGCUAGAAUCAUCCAGUUCGCCGGAAUGAUUGUUAAAUAAUUGACUAAAAUAUUCAACUUUUUAAUUAAAACUACGCUGCUAAGGACGCAUUUUAUAAAUAUAAUAAAUGUCUAUAGAUAACAACGCAAUUCUGCAGUUCUGUUUGUUGCGAGGGGCGACAUCCCGCACUGCAUGAUAAUGAGUAAUUUCCAUAAGGUUGGCAAGAAAAUCAAAACAUAUAUCGCUAUAAAUUUCUGCCAGAUGACCAAGUGUUGCAUUUUUCACAACCGUUCCUGGUUAGGUAUAAAAAGUGUCUGCAAUAAAAUUAUGUACAUCGCAAAUUAUGUAUACAUUAAAUAUAAGAACUUAUAUAAAUUCAAGUUAUAAUAAAACAUAACUUGAAUCUAUGACUAUGAUAGGUGUAAAUUCUUUGUAGGUUUGCAUGGCUAUAAAACAUAUAAUACUUUUUGUUUGUGGAAACACCGCGUAAAUUUAAUACUGCAGUAAUAAAUUUACGUGGUGUUUCCGCAAACAAAAAGUAUUAUGUGAUAAGCGUGCUACAUUUUUACAAUUUUUUGCCAAAAAAUACGAAGCGUUUUCCGUAAUUUUCUCAAUUUUUAUGCUACUAUUCUGUAUGCCUGGAACUCGCUACAAAAAAGCGUUUCGUACGACGAGAGCACCGUUUCCAAUUCAUUAUCGUCAUGUUUUGAUAAAAAAUUGAAAGAAUGUAGUAAACUACCGUAGAUCCAAGUUUUAUUAUUUUAGCGUCAAGGCCUGUUUUCACUUGCAAUUUUUGCUGCGAUUUUUUUUCUUUUGAUGGAUGUGCACGAGAAGAUGAGUAUAAUUAUAUGAAUGCUCAAAUGAGGGAACAUAUACAUGCAUCAGAGUAAGAAAAUUGCACUAGAACUCGCAGCAAAAAUUGCAAUUCAGUGCAAACGAGCCUUUAGCAAGGGUAGAAUUUCGAAUACAAUUAUGCGCAGAAAACAUUUCUAUUUUUAGGGCCAGCGGAACGUCAUUUCGUCCAUUUUAGACACGUUUUAUGAUAAUCUGAAAACCACAGAUUUGAUAUAUUUUAUGUCAUAGAUGAAAUAGUUAAGAGGUUACGCCACACCCCCCUGUUUCUCCUCAGUUUUGAAAGAACACAAAAUUAGUCCUCAAGAAAAGUGGGGUGGCUACGUCCUUGCAUGCCUGCAUUUAGGAAUAAAUGUUUAACAAUUAUUCGCCGAAGGCAAAGUGAUUACCGGUGAAUAUUCACCGAGACGAAGUCGAGGUGCAUAAUAUUCACCGUAAUCACUGAGCCUGAGGCGAAUAAUUGUUUUAGUAUAAAUUUUUAAUGAAUAUAUAAAACAAAAUAUCCAAAUAUCAGUUUAAUUCAAAUUCAGAAAUAAAACUGUUUUCGGCCGGUUCACGGUUACUGUUUUAGUGUUGCAGUGUUUUUUGUAUACGCAUGCACACGCUUUCAAAAUGACUUCUUGUGUGACCUUUUUAUUGCUUUAUUACAAAGUUGUUUUUCUCGAUUUCUGCUUUGAAUAUAAACACAAUGACCGAAUGACUUUUUCUGUUUAGCAUUACUUUGUUCAGGAAAUGGCUGAGAACAUUGGUAAAAAUGAAAUGUAAAAUAUAUCGUUCGAAAUAACGUUAUCGUUCGACACUUUUCACGUUACACUUUAAAGUAUCGAAAACACAAUACAGCGUCAGGACACGUACGUACAGCACAAUAAAAACAUGACAUGUCAAAAGAAAUAGUAUCGUAUACAAAUUGAGAUAUCUAUAGGAUACAAAACAAAAUUGUUUUAAAAGAAUAUCACAGCUUUUCCCAACAGUCGGGAUAGUUUUUGCUAUUUGUUUGAAGUAAAGUACUUGUUUUGGAGUCCGUGAAUAUGUUUGACACAGUAAAAUAAUAAAGGAACCCUAUACCUUUCAAGUUAAAUACAACAUUUUUUUUUCGUUUUCUGGGGACGACCUUUUCAAUAUUUUGUGGAUUUUGAAACCAAAUUUGCCGAAUCAUUCUUUUGAAAAACAUUAUUUACUAGGCCGCGCGGUGGUAAAUAAUGCGUCAGAUUUAUCAACUAGCCAAUCAGAACGCGCGAAAGCUCAUUCGAUAUGCAAAAUGUAUACUAAAACUCGUUAUUAUGCACUGAGUGACGACGCCCAUUGCAGGCAACCAGAACGUAGAAUUGCAUUGUUAAUUUGUUAUGUGAAAUAAUCUAGACGUAAUCGUAUAUUUAUUUUUGUAUAUUUUCGCCACAUUUAAUAAUGGCAGGCACGGUUUUACUAAAAAUUGAAUAUUUUAGUCAAAUAAUUAACUUUCCUUGUUUGCAUAACUAAAAAAUUACAGGUUUCUAAUUACCAAUAGUUUUGGCUUGUGUUCCACUCAAAUUUGCGGCCUGACUAAUAGAGAAAUGACCAAAACCUAGGUUGCUGUGCGGAAUUUGUAUAUUUCACUCGCGAUUAGAAUGUGAAGCUUUUUUCUAAAAUCAAUGAUCUGGAGUUUUUGGCGGGGGUGUCCGUAUCACUGCAUGUCCGUAUCACUACUUCCUCAGAUGUUCCACCCCUAUAUUAUCAGUGCUUUGCCCUCCUAUACUUAAAACGGUUUGAUAUUGUUUAAGAUUUUCCCUAAAAUUGUCUUCGUUUAUUUUCUCAAAGGAUAUCAAGGAAACUGGAUGCGCGCCAUUCAAAGAGAGAAGACAAAGGGACAAGCAUACCGUAGAGUGAUAGAUGACAACCCGUGCCCAACAGAAGCUGCAAAGAUGCAAAUAUAUACAGAUGUACGGUUUGUCGAUGUUAUUAGAGGGAGUUUACGAUCUGCGACGAGGCCGGCUCAACGACGCGGUC